UUCGAUCGCCGCAACAACCAUCAUGCUUCUCCACGAGUUCCGUAUCCCGCUGCAUAUGAAUGUCGAGGAGUUUCAGAUCGCUGAGCUGUACAUGACCAUGGCUGACACAGUGCAAGUUAUCAAGAACGAACCGUACGACAACCGCAACGGACACCUCGGGAAGGUCUCGGCGGUGUCGGGGCAGCCGAUUCCUCGAACCCACGGCCAGUACACUUUGAAGUGCUACACAUUCGACGACGUUCCCACUCUCCUGUCAGUGGUGUUGCCCCAAGGACACAUGACGUUGAUCGAAGAGACGUGGAACUCGUACCCGACCAGCAUCUCAUACUUGACCAGUGCGUCGUCGCUCUUGUCGAAGUCGAAAUUCGUUGUCACAUGUGAAUCCGUCCACCUGCCUGGCUACUGCGAGCACGAAAAUGCGCUGGGGUUGUCAAAGGACGAUCUGCGACGACGAUCGGUGCAAGUCCUGCACAUCCAUCGCCCGUUGAACCAACACGCGGCGAGCCACCAAUGGGACCCCAGCACGUACACAUGCACCAAGAGCGGCCGCGGCCCUCUAUCGGACGGCUGGGAACUCAAGCAAGUCCCCGUCAUGACUGUAUACAAGGUGAUGCGAAUCCAGUUUGACUAUGUCGGCCUGCGCCAGAAAAUGGAGCGCGCGAUCUGCGGCCAUUUGGAAGCGGUGCUACAUCGGUCAAUGCGGAAGCUGCAGUGCAUGUCCCAUCGCUGGUACAACUUGUCCAUGGCGGACAUUCGCAUCCUCGAAGCCGUGGUCGAGUUCAAGCGGUCCCGCCCAUAGUGUGAACCAGUGUGUGUGUCGGUCGUCGAGUGUACUUCGAAGUCGAAGUUUCUGUAAGCUGUCAUGUUUUGUAGAUGUUUAGUUUUAAACUAAUCCUUAUUGUGAACUUUCAAAUUGGA